AUGCGACGCAUCGAUGUGGCCGCCUUGUAUGUCCAAGAAUUGGAGCGCCAAAAGCAUGUGAAGGUCUGCGUCGACGUUGCGUCACAGAUACACGAUGAUAUUGCAAUACAAGGGUAUGACCAUAUCUUUGAUGUUCACCGUGUUUUCCAAUCUCAAGAUCUAUGGUGUGGGGUGAGCGACUGCUGGGUGCUGUGGGGAUCCUCCGUGAACUCUCCUCUGGCCUUUCCUGUCCGUUUCACUGCGGCUCCUCCACUGUCACUGCCUUUGGAUUUGGUCUUUCCCUUGGCCUCUUGCUUGGUGUUUUGGCUACUGCCUACUUUGCUCAUUUCUUACUGCUCCCUCGUGUCAGUGUGCCUUGUCAGGUUCCACCUGAGCCUACCUUUGCCUCUUCUGACCUCAGAAGGCGUACUCGGUUGUCAGGGUACUUGCAUGAGUGAUCGAGUAGUUGAGCGGCUUACUUCUGCAGUAGAGCAGCUAACCAUAGCCACAGACCAGUUGCGUGAGACCAUCUGUGCAGAGCGACGUGCCACAGUCCGCUCCAUCCUUGAGGAGCAGACACCAGCAGUUGAGUCCCUUCAGUCUGACAUCACCAGGGACGGUUUUCAGAUAGUGAUUGAGGAACUCUCCCGACUCCCUUUUCCUGACAGGUUUCAAGAGGAACGGAUUCGACAAGAGUUUCGUGGAGCCGAAGAGGGCCCACCUGAGGUGCCCAACUUCCUAGUUCCCUGGCUUCGCACAAAGAUCACAAACAAGCCUCCUGGGGUUGAAACCCGUGUUGAGAUUGCCUAUAGGAUGCGAAAAUCACAAUUGAAGUUUGUUGCAGCUGGAGAGGAUAGCCUUUUGUGCGUCUUUGACCCUCCUAUCGACACAAUUCAGGAUGAUCUUCCUGGUGCAUGUGUUUGCAUUCCCAUCAUGUCCCGUGAAGGGGUUUUUUUGCUUGCCGUUCCUUGUGAUUUUUUCAAAAAUGAAGUUCUGCAAGAAGCAAUGCCUGGCUUGGAUGAAGGUAAUGCCCUUGGUCCCUCUCAGGAGCUUACUGGCUUCCUUCUUGAGGAAGAUGAGGCUGGUGUCGAGCACAAGAUCGAGGUCCUAACGAAGUUUCUUCUUUUGGACGUCAAUGACAAUGCAUUGAAUGCCAUGAGGGAAUAUGAUGUGUUGUCCGAUCCCCAGCUCACCAUACAGCCUUUUGAUGUGGAUAGGCCCCAAGCUAUCGUUGAUGUGAAAGGUGCCUUGCCGGACAUUUUGUCCUGGGUAGAGAACACAGUAGGUGGGCAACGGCUAAAUUUCUACAGCGCUCGAGAGGAGCAGGAACAUGCAGCCCAGCCCAAGGCUCCCAAGAAAGCUGCUGCCCAGACCAAGAAGGUCACCACUGCCAUGCUGGCGCAGCAGAUGGCUGCGAUGGCCGAACAGAUUCAGGCACUUGCCAGCAGGCAGGAAUCUAUGAUGCAGUCCCAACAGCCACCCAACGGCUAUGCAAGUCCUGCCGCAGGGCUGCCUUUGGAAGCUGGCGUGGCUGCCAGGUUGCCGCCAGUGUCUGCAGGUUUUGGAGGGCCUCCUCCAAGUGGGGUUCCCAAGGUUGCGCAGGUGACUGGUCCUCCACCCAAAGUCAGGGCCCCGAUUCCGCAGAGACCACAGGUGGAAGUGCCCGACACAGGGGAGAGGCUGGAGGACAUGAGUUACCCUCCGCAGACAGGUCAGGACACUAUGGCUGCAGCGAUCAUGCAGCAGAGUGUGGCACUGACUUCUUUGGUUGCCCAGCUCACGAGUGGCGAUCCUAUCACCGAUCUCACAUCAUCGGGAUCGGGAGGGCAGAGUUUGAGUACAAAAGGCGUUGCGCGAAGAGAAAAGAUGCAGCAAGAUCUGGCCUCUGGAAGCAGCAACUAUUUCCUUCAGCUACAGCAGCAGUUGUUUCGGAAAAUGCAUCCCACAAAGCCCUUGCCGAAGACCGAUCAAGAACUGGUAAGUUCUGGCGUUACCAUGACAAGCUAUAUGGAUCGAUACGGCGGGUACAAGGGGAAACCCGAAAGUGCUAUGAUCAUGUGGAUGCUUUCCCAUGUUGCCGACGCUGCGGCUCAAGACAAUCUGCCCCUUGCGAAAGAAUAUUUGGCGCUGACCAUAGCUGCGGUAGAGCAAGCUGCACUGGACGGCAGUUGGUCCAUUGCCUACGUUAUCGGACUCCUGGAGGAACCUCCUGCUCAAGUUUUCAUGGACAGAAGCACCCCUGUGACAGCCAUGGGGCGCCCUUUUGCGCCUCUCAUUCCUGCGGCUUGGAGUGCGGUAGCCCUGGCUUAUUUGAAGGAGGUCGAGCUGAUCACCAGCAAGAAGGCCGAAUCAAAGCAGGGCAAGAAUGCUCCGGCAAACAAACCCAUCGAGCCGAACCAGCCAUCGCCGCCUCCCAAGAGGCCAAAGUUCCCAAAGAAGCCAAAAGGUGGCCGUUAUGGAGAAAUGGAACUCUUGCAAAGGGAGCCUUCGAAACACCACUUUGAUCUUUAUCGAAGAAUCAAGCUCCUGAUUGAGUCGGAUGGGCCUGCUGUCGUGGAAUCGCUGCCGAAAGCAGGGGACGAUUUGUGUGUGGCCUUCAAGGAGCCCAAGGUGUUGCUUCACCAUCAACCUGCUCCAGAAGGGCCCCUAAUACGUGACACGCCUGAAACCAUGGCUAGGCUUGCUCGGAGUUGGGAUGAUUUAGGCUUGUUGACUGUGCACAAGACUCCGAUCCAUCCUUCCAGCAGAGUCCGUAUUUUUGGGGCCUAUAAAGAUGCUUCGACCCACCGCCAGAUCGGUGACCGUAGAGGCCAGAAUAGCUUGGAAGCAAAGGUCCUUGGACCGAGCCGUGACCUUCCCUCAGGCGCUGACCUCUGCGAGGUUUUUGUAGACCCUAAGACAUCUCGCCUGCAUAUCUCGAUAACUGAUCGUAAGGACUUUUAUCACCAGCUUGAAUGCACCCGGCAGAAAGCUAUUGCUAACACCAUUGGCCCUGCCAUCCCGGAAGAGCUGUUGUCAGACACUAGGGCGUACUCUGCAUUUUUGCUGCAACAAUCCAGACGGAAAUUUGAUCGCCAAAUGCAGGGAGAUCAGCUGCGGGGUGUUUCUGAUGAGUCUUUCAUUGUCCCUCCUCCUGGUCAAGUUUGGUGUGCCUUUAAUGCUGUGCUGCAGGGGGAUCACGCUGGAGUCGAAAUUGCAACGGAAGCCCACAGGAACCUCCUGCAAGCAAAUGGCCUUUUAGAUGCAGGUACUCAGCUGAGAGCAAGCCGACCGUUGUUUUCUUCCGAUUGUGUCGACGGUUUAGUCAUUGAUGACUAUUUCUGCGUGUCGGUUGAACCCCAGCAAAGCACCGGCAGCUUUUCUCGAGCCAGAACAGCCUAUCACACUGCUGAGAAGGUAUACCAUGAGCAUGGCCUUAUGGGUUCGCCUCAGAAAGACAUUGUUGAUCAAGAUGAAGGUAGGGUAAUUGGUGCAUACUUGAACUCCAGCCAUAGAGCCCUGUCCAGGGGGCUUGUGACCGUUGGGGCCCCUCCUGAAAAACGUGUGGCCAUCUCCCAUUUGACACUUGAGCUGUGCCGCCUGCGCAGCACCACGGAUGCGCUCCACUUGUGUUUAAUAGGAGGUUGGGUUUCAAUCCUCGGCCACCGCAGACCCCUUAUGUCUGUCCUGCAGGAGUCUUUCAGGGUAGUUGGUAUAGCCACUUUUGAUAGGAAUAGCCCUAAGAUAAUCCCCCUAUCUAGAGAAGUAGCAAAUGAGCUCACGUUGCUUUCGGUCCUCAUGCCACUUGCUUUGUGCGAAUUAUCGGCACCGUUCGAUGAUGCCAUUUAUUGCACAGAUGCUUCAAAUGAGCGGGGGGCUGUUUUGCAAGCACCAAUAUCACCCGAGCUUAGUGAAAUCAUGUGGAGAGUGUCACGGUCAAAGGGGGCGUAUUCUCGCCUCCUGUCCCCGAUUGAGGUCAUUCUUAAACGGCUUGAUGCGCUCGAAGAGAAAGACCAUCAGACCCUGAUUGGAUCGCCAGAAAGGCCCCUUGCCUUUUCUUUUGAGUUCAUCGAGGUUUUUUCGGGGGCCGCAAAGAUAUCCCACUUCAUUGCCAUCGAAGGCAUAUCUCCGGGCCCUCCGCUGGACAUAGGUGAUAGCCCUCAGUAUGAUCUUAGGUUUGUCCAUGUCAUUUCUUGGAUCACCCAUUUGAUUGUUGAGCGCAGGCUCCUUGGUUUCUUUUUGGGGCCGCCAUGUACCACUUUUUCCAUUAUGCGGAGGCCUAGGCUUAGGAGCAAGCAGGUCCCUUUUGGCUUUCAGCCUUUUGAAGAGAAGACUCAAGUUGGUAACCAGUUAGCGCACCGAUCCUUCCAGACCAUGGGUGUCGCAGCUCAGUGUGACUCAUGUGGCAUGUUAGAAACUCCAUAUAGUUCCUACAUGAAAGGCCUGCCAGGUUGGCAGUACCUGAAGAGCUUGCCUGAAGCUGAAGAAGUUCGGUGUGACUCUUGCCGUUUCCAGAGCCCUCACCUCAAGAGUUUCCGGCUGUUAGGACUGAGACUUGAAAUGGAUAGCCUGAAUUUACGCUGCCAGUGCCAGCACAGACAUGUUGUUGUUGAAGGUAGCCUUACAAAGUCAUCCGCCACCUACACAGAUGCACUUGCAUGCCAGAUUGCCAAGGUAAUCUCCAGAGGUAUUGCCGGAGUGAAAUCCCGAAUUUAUGCCGAUGCGGAUUUAGAUGUCUCCGGCUUAGAAUCACAGCUCUCAAAUGAAAUCAUGCUUUCAAGCUGCUGGGAGGUAAAAUCCUCUUGGAGAUUCCGGAAGCCUAGUCAUAUCAACAUUUUAGAGGAAGCUGCCUUACUCAAGCUCUGUAAUCACCUUGCCAUUGAGAAGGCGCCAGUUAGAUGUGUCGACAUGGUAGAUUCGAACGUUGUCCGAUGUGCCACUGCGAAGGGACGAUCGAGCUCCCUAGGUCUUAGCCCAAUCUUAAGAAGGGUUUCUGCGGUUUGCGUAGCCUCAGGCAUAUACAUGUCAGUUCCUUUUACACCCACAAGGCUGAACUGCGCAGAUGAUCCUACUCGCCUGCGGGAAUUGCGAAUGCCGUUGAGGGGCUUAAACCUGGAACUAUGGAGCCGACGUGAAUUGUUUUUGUUGGCUUCUCUUCCCAAGUUGAAGAGGUGGGCUUCGAAUUGGGUACGCCUUGUGCUCAGGCUUUGCGGCACCGCUGCCCUGUUUUGGAAUGACCGGAGCCUGUAUCGUAGAGGUAACCUUUGUAAUGUGCCCAGGACCUCACCUGACUACUCUAGUGUUGACUUUGACAGUACCCUUGGCUUUCCUGGGGAAGGACCGUUUUUGUGCCUUUUCCUUGAUACCAUGUAUUUCAUUGGAUCCUGUUUCAUGACCCUUUGGACUUUGCCCAGACCCUGUCGUUGGACUUUCUCCCAUACAGGGCUUCAUGCGUGCUCUGCGCCACUGUCUUCGGCCCUCUCCUGUGCCCUGCUCUUCCUUUGUUCUCCCUUGGGGUGCUUCUUGCUUGCUGGGUCUUGCUGGGGCGCUGCUUCAGCCAUGCCGAUAUCAGCUGCAACACCUGGUGAGCUGCGCAGAGCACAGACUCGAAGUGGUCGUGGGCCCCUCCAGACUGGAAGGCCUGUGACAGAGGCCACUAAUGCUGCACGUUUGAAGUUUUGGAAUCUUUUUGUGGACUGGUCGUUUGAGCUGGACAUCAACAUUGAGGCCAUGCUGGACGGCCAUCACCUUUAUAUUGAUGACAUAAAUAUGCUUUUGACAAAAUAUGGUCGCGAACUGUACGACUCUGGCAAGUCAUAUAAUCAAUAUGCUGAAACAAUCAACGCUGUUGGAGCUAGGAAACCUGCAAUUCGUAGGAUGCUACAACAAGCAUGGGACCUGGGAUAUGCAUGGGUGCGGAGUGAGCCCUCAGUGCAUCACGUAGCUGUCCCCGUCCCCAUUAUUUUGGCCAUGACUUCGGUUGCUAUGAUGUGGGGAUGGAUAAGAGUUGCUGGCUGCCUCGCAUUGGGCUUCAGCGCCAUGCUGCGACCGGGUGAACUUGUGGGUGCCUUUAGGCGAGAUUUGCUGCUCCCGAAAGACUCUGGAUACACCAUGAGAUAUGCACUACUUAGCAUUCGUGAGCCAAAAAGCAGGUUUACUUAUGCCAGGCACCAGACCGCAAAAGCAGACAGCGAAGAUUUUUUGCAGAUUGUUGAACUUGCUUUUAAUGAUCUUUCAGACCAUGAAAGACUUUGGCCUUACAGUGCGCAGACCUUACGUCAGAGGUUUAAGACAAUCCUCAGAGCCCUUCAUCUGCCUGAUGAGAGCCGUCCAGGUGAGCGCUGCCUUGAUCUAGGGUCGCUUCGGAGUGGUGGUGCAACUUUUAUCAUCACCGCCACAGAAAACUCUGAACUGGUAAGGCGUCGUGGACGCUGGGCUUCAAAUAAAAUGAUGGAUAUUUACAUCCAAGAGUCGAUGGCGAUUCAGUACAUGAAGAUGAUUCCAGAAAAAGCACGUGUGACAGUUCUUUCAGUUGCAGGUGUCUUUCCCGAUAUCCUCAGACGCGCGAAACAAUAUCAUGAGGCAAAGAUUCCUUUGAAUACUUGGUUUUUUCUCUUUUCCAGCUGA